ACGCACGGUGAGCGUGAAAGUGGCCGCACGGAAAACGCCUUCACGUGGGUUCGCCGAUCCCUCGUGACUUUCCGAGGAGGGGGGGCGAAGCUUUGGGGUUCGCGCGCGCGCGGCACUCCGCCACUGAAGCGUCAAGCGCCAGCAUGAGGAUCGCCGUGCUGGGAGCCAGCGGCCAGACGGGCCACUUCCUCGUGAGCCAGGCGCUUCGGCAGGGCCACGCCGUCACCGCCGUCGUCCGCAACCCGGACAAGCUCACCGUGCGCCACGACAACCUCCAGGUGGCGGAGGCCGACAUCUUCUCGGCGGACAGCCUGAAGUCUCAUUUCCAGGGGGCGGACGUGGUGGUCUCCUGCCUGGGCUUCUCCGGCUCCUUCUUCUCCGGCGUGACGGGCUACAGCCGCUCCAUGAGCGCCGUGAUCGCGGCCAUGCGGGAGGCGCGCGUCAACAGGAUCAUCGCCAUGACGUCUUGGUACACGGACCCCGACUCCGGCACUCAAUCGCCGUACCUGAUCCGCUUCCUGUUGCUGCCCCUGAUCCGCAGCGUGCUCAGCAACAUGUGGGAGAUGGAACAGGAUCUACGGCAGGUGGACGACAUUAACUGGACUGUGGUGCGCCCGCCCGGUCUCAAGAAUAUGCCUUCCUCGGCGUCGGAGUUCCUGACGCACGAGGGCUACUUCGUGCCCGACGAGGGCGGGCGUCCGGCGGGCAGCGCCAUGGGACGAGGCGACGUGGCUCGCUUCAUGCUGUCGCUGCUCAAUAGCAACGCGUGGGUGAAGAAGGGAGUGGCCAUCACCACCAAAUGACAAGCGAGCGCCAACCUCCGUCGCCAAUCGCGCGUCUCGCCUCGCUUGUGCCAACGAGUGCCCCACUUAAACGACAUUGAACACAAA